UCGUUGAAAACACAGCUAGACACAUCGCUGGUAACGGAUUUCGCAAGAAACGGACAACGGCAACAGGCGCCGUUCAUACACUCCACAUUUUAUUUUCUCACAUCUUAGUGAAAUGAGGGCAACAUGGGUGCAAAGGAGUCGAGGAUAGGUUUCCUUUCGUAUGACGAGGCCAUUAAAAGAGUAACUGAUGUGGAGUUGAAGCGGCUGAAGGAUGCCUUUAAGAGGACCAGCGGCCUGUCCUACUACAUGGCCCAACAGUGCUUCUACAGAGAAGUACUGGGAGACGGAGUCCCUCCAAAGGUUGCAGAGGUCAUCUACAACUCGUUUGGGGGCACGUCUAAAGGACUACACUUCAACAACCUCAUCAUUGGCCUGGUGCUGCUGACUAGAGGACGAGAUGGAGAGAAGGCCAAGUACCUCUUCAGCCUGUUUGCCAGUGAGUCUGGCGGCUAUGCAGCGCGGGACGACAUGGAGGCCGUACUACGGGCAUUGGACGGGGAAGUCCCGCCCUCUUUAAGGAAGUGCUUCAGCGAGGGGGAGAAAGUCAACUAUGAGCGCUUUAAGACCUGGCUCCUACAGAACACAGAGGCGUUCACCUUCUCCCGUUGGCUGCUUUCCGGAGGCGUGUGUGUCACCCUCACAGACGACAGCGACACGCCCACCUUCUACCAGACUCUGGCCGGAGUCACACACUUAGAAGAGUCUGAUAUCAUUGACUUGGAGAAGCGCUAUUGGCUGUUGAAAGCCCAGUCCAGGACCGGACGCUUUGACUUGGAGACCUUUGUCCCACUGGUCUCUCCUCCUAUUCACGCUUCGCUAAGUGAAGGUUUGUUUCAUGCGUUUGAUGAGAACCGGGACAAUCACAUCGACUUUAAGGAGAUCUCCUGUGGCCUGUCUGCCUGUUGCCGGGGGCCCGUCGCCGAGAGGCAGAAAUUUUGUUUCAAAGUGUUUGACGUGGACCGGGAUGGGGUUCUGUCCCGAGACGAGAUCCAGGAGAUGGUAGCCGCACUCCUGGAAGUUUGGAAGGACAAUCGCACAGACACACUUCCUGAGCUGCUCACCAACGUGUCGGACAUAGUGGAGGGAAUCCUGAAGAUGCACGACACGACCAAGCUGGGUCACCUGACCCUGGAGGACUACCAGAUCUGGAGUGUGAACAGCGCUCUGGCCAACGAGUUCCUCAACCUGCUGUUCCAGGUCUGUCACAUUGUCCUUGGGCUUCGACCUGCCACUGCUGAAGAGGAGGGACAAAUCAUCAGGGGGUGGCUGGACAGAGAGGGCAGACAUGGGCUUCAGCCUGGGGAGAACUGGUUCCUCAUCUCCAGCCAGUGGUGGACGCUCUGGAAAGACUACGUCAAAUAUGACCGCAAGUCCAUCGUGGUGGAUCAGCCCUCUAUCUUCUCCUCUCUGAGGAAUCCUCAGGCCUCUGCGACCGUCGAGCCUUCCCCCCUGGAGCCAGGGGUAGGUGAAGGUCUGGGGGUCGCUAGCCCAGCCAGCACCUCAGAGGAGAGGUCCCCUGAUGCUGUGUCCAGCGCCUCUGAAGCCACAGAGACCCAAAGCACAGUGGUGACCCCCCAGGCCGGCCCCUCAGCCACAGAGAUCUGUUUUGCCCGGCAACACAACAUGUCAGACAACAACCAGUGUUUCUCCGGGGCCAACGGCCACAUCCCUUCCCUCUCUCAGUCCCAGCUGGCAGCUCAGAGGCCUGGAGCCAUCGACAACCAGCCCCUGGUCAACACAGACCCCAUGAAGGCCCCCACAUUGACCAUGGAGGGAGGCCGGCUGAAGCAGUCCCUACAGCUGGUGGCGGGCAGGGACUUUGAGACGGUGCCAGAGCCGGUGUGGAGGGCGCUGUUCCACUGGUAUGGCGCCAACCUCAGCCUGCCACGACCGGUGAUCCAGCAGACGAAAACAGGCCGUGCUGAGCUGGAGCUCUUCCCACGCUACCUCCUCUUCCUGCGGCAGCAGCCCGCCACACGCACCCCCCAGUCCAACAUCUGGGUUAACAUGGGUAUGACCAGCCUGAGAAUGUUCCCCCAGCAUCUCCCCAGAGGUAACUUAUUUAACAAAGACAUGAGCUGGAAGAAGAGAUGUCCUUCAUCACCAAUGAGUAAAAUGGACCGGCAUAAAGUUGCUACGGAGAAGGGUGCCACGGGCCUCAGUAACCUAGGCAACACGUGCUUUAUGAACUCUAGUAUCCAGUGUGUUAGCAACACCACGCCCCUCACUGACUACUUCAUCUCAGGAAGACACCUCUAUGAACUCAACAGAACCAACCCCAUCGGGAUGCGAGGUCACAUGGCUAAAUGUUACGGAGACCUGCUGAUGGAGCUGUGGAGUGGAACACAGAGGAACGUUGCUCCUCUCAAACUCAGGUGGACGAUAGCGAAGUACGCCCCACGGUUCAACGGCUUCCAGCAGCAGGACAGUCAGGAGCUUCUGGCCUUCCUAUUGGACGGUCUCCAUGAGGACCUGAACAGAGUGCAUGAGAAACCCUACGUAGAGCUGAAGGACAGCAACGGACGACCCGACUGGGAGGUCGCCUUAGAGGCGUGGGAGAACCACUUGCGGCGGAACCGGUCCAUCGUGGUGGAUCUGUUUCACGGCCAGCUCAAGUCCCAGGUCAAGUGUAAGUCGUGUGGUCACAUCAGCGCUCUAUGGUUCAACUUCCUGUCUUUACCCCUCCCCAUGGACAGCUCCAUGCACCUGGAGAUCACUGUCAUUAUGCUGGAUGGUUCUACCCCUGUACGGUUCGGCCUGAGGCUCAACAUGGAUGACAAGUACACCGGUCUGAAGAAACAGCUGAGUGAACUGUGUAGUCUGAAACCAGAACAGAUACUACUGGCUGAGGUCCACACCUCCAACAUCAAGAACUUCCCUCAGGAUAAUCAUAAGGUGCGUCUGUCGGUGAACGGCUUCCUGUGUGCGUUUGAGAUCCCUGUGCCAGGCUCCCCCAGUUCCCUCACCUCUCCAACACAGACAGACAUCACCCCUGUGCCCAUGGUUAACGGGGUGGGGGUGGCAGCGCAUCCUGAUGCUAAGCCUGGUCUGAUCUCCAACGGCAUGCCCAGCACCAUGGUGCACUGCAGAGAGACCACAGAGAGAAGCCUGGCCAACGGACACGUGUCCCCCGCCCAGGACAGCCCCUUCAUCGGGUACAUCAUCGCCAUGCACAGGAAGAUGAUGCGGACAGAGUUGUAUUUCCUGUCCAGUCAGAAGAACCGUGCCAGUCUGUUUGGGAUGCCCCUGAUCGUUCCCUGUACGGUUCACACCAGUCAGAAGGACCUGUACGAUGCUGUCUGGAUACAGGUGGCCCGUCUGGCCAGCCCUCUGCCCCCGCAGGAGGCCAGCAACCAUGCACAGGACUGUGAUGACAGUAUGGGCUACCAGUACCCCUUCACACUGAGGGUGGUGGGCAAGGAUGGCAACUCAUGUGCCUGGUGUCCCUGGUACAGGUUCUGUCGAGGCUGUGCGGUGGACUGUACAGAGGACAGGGCCUCUGUAGGAAACGCCUGCAUAGCUGUCGACUGGGACCCGACAGCGCUGCACCUCCGCUACCAGACUUCACAGGAGAGGAUAGUAGAGGAGCACUGUAGUGUGCAGCAGAGUCGCAGGGCCCAGGCAGAGCCCAUCAGUCUAGACAGUUGUCUGAAGGCCUUCACCAGUGAGGAGGAGCUGGGAGAGGAUGAGCUCUACUACUGCUCCAAGUGCAAGACCCACCGCCUGGCCACCAAGAAACUGGACCUGUGGAGGCUGCCGCCUAUACUGAUAGUACACCUGAAGAGAUUCCAGUUUGUGAACGGCCGCUGGAUCAAGUCUCAGAAGAUCGUCCAGUUUCCCAGAGAGAGGUUUGACCCUAGUGUUUACCUGGCUCCCCGGGAGGCGGGGCUUAACGGGCUACACAGUCUGCAGAGCCGCAGCGAGGGGGAGGAGCUACUGAGGAUAGGAGGAGGAGAAACGGUCUCCUCCAUCUCCGCCCCUGCUGGGUUCCUCAACAUCCUCAAAGCCUCUCCUGCUUCAGGCAGGAAGUCAGCCCCUCCCUCUUCCAUCAGUUGUACCAGCAGCCCCUGCAGCAGCCCCAAGACAGGAGGAGGGUCAGGGAGCACAGGCCACAGACAGACCCGCCUCAGGCUUCCCCAGCUGGGCAGCCGCCACCGCCUCUCCAACAGCAAGGAGAACCUGGAGGGUAGUACCAGGGAGGGGGGCAGCGACUCCGACACCGAGCCCAGGGAGGGAAGACUGCAGGCGGACACGGAGGAUGGGCUCGUGGGAGUGAGGAGCGAGCCGGACAUGUCCACCACAGACGCGUUUAGCAGCCUCAGUGACGUCAUCGUGAUGAACGGGGACACGGAGGCCAGUACGGCGCCCAGCACGAACCUAGAGACACCCACCACCACCCUUCUGCACCAAAGAGACAACAGCCUGGAGAACAUCUACAACUUAUAUGCAAUUUCAUGCCAUUCAGGUAUCAUGGGAGGAGGACAUUAUGUGACCUAUGCCAAAAACCCCAACAACAAAUGGUACUGUUACAACGACAGCAGCUGUAAGGAAGUGCACUCGGAGGAGAUGGACACGGACUCUGCCUACAUCCUGUUCUAUGAGCAGCAGGCGGUGGACUUCUCUCAGUUCCUGCCAAAGACUGACGGCAAGAAGAUGGCCGACACCACUAGCAUGGACGAGGACUUUGAGUCUGACUACAAGAAGUACUGUGUCCUGCAGUGAUCAGGAUAACACCCUCGACCCACCCACCCACCUCCCCCUCAACACCCUGCCUGUGACUCUGAAC